AUGACACCCCAAUCCAUCCAAAAGACUUGGUGGAAAGAAGCAGUCGUCUACCAAAUCUACCCAGCCAGCUUCCUCGACAGCAACGGCGAUGGACUAGGCGACAUACCCGGGAUAAUCAGCAAAGUCCCCUACAUCAAGUCCCUAGGCGUAGACGCAAUAUGGCUCUCGCCAAUAUUCGCCUCACCCCAAAAGGACAUGGGCUACGAUGUCGCAGAUUACCGCUCCAUCCACGCACCCUACGGCACAGUCGCCGACGUCCAAACCCUAAUCGACCGACUCCACGCAAACAAUAUCCGCAUCCUAAUGGAUCUAGUGGUAAAUCACACCAGCGACCAACACGCCUGGUUCAAAGAAUCACGCAGCUCAAAGUCCAGCCCCAAGCGUGAUUGGUAUAUAUGGCGAGAUCCGAAAUAUGAUGCUCUUGGAAAUCGCAAAGAGCCCAAUAAUUGGAAGUCUAUCUUCGGUGGCAGUGCUUGGGCCUUUGAUGAGGGAACCGGUCAAUAUUAUCUCGCGCUCUUUUUGCCAAGUCAGCCUGAUUUGAACUGGGAGAGUGCGGCGAUGAGGCAAGCCACGCACGAUGAUAUGCGGUUCUGGCUUGAUCGGGGCGUGGACGGGUUUCGUAUUGAUAGUAUGAAUCUCAUGUCUAAGCAUCCUGAUCUUCCGGAUGGGAAAAUUGUCAACCCCGAUGAACCGUACCAGUCCGGCGCGGAAUUCUUCGCUUCCGGUCCCAAGAUGCACGAUUAUAUCCGUGAGAUCAGGACAGAGGUUCUGGACCACUAUGAUGUUAUGACGGUUGGCGAGUUGGGUUUUACCAAGGAUGAACAGUCUGUCAGCGAGUACGUUGCCAAGGACCGACAUGAGUUGAAUAUGCUUUUCACUGGUGAUAUUGUGGAUAUGGAUUUUGGUCCGAAUGGGAAGUACGAGCGAGAUGAUUUCCAUCCGAGGAAGAUUCGCACUAUCACGAAUCUUUGGCAGAAUGCGAUGCCGAAAUUUGAUGGGUGGAAUACGAUUUACCUUGAUAAUCAUGAUAGUGGUCGCUCGUUGUCUCGGUAUGCUUCUGAUGCCCCGGAGCACCGCGCGACUGCGGCCAAGAUGCUGGCUACGUACCUGAUGACGUUGAGUGGGACUCCGUUCAUGCUUGCGGGUCAGGAGAUUGGUAUGGCGAAUCUUGGCAAGGACUAUGGGGCCGAUUCUUAUAUUGAUGUUGAGGGGAGGAACUAUUACAAUGAAGUUUUGGAAACUCGGGGUGGUGAUGUCGGUAAAAUGGACGACGUCCUUCGGGAGUUGCAGCUGAAGUCGAGGGAUCAUGGACGAUUGCCAAUGCAGUGGGAUAACUCGCCUAAUGCUGGGUUUACUGUUGCAAGUGCCAAGCCUUGGAUGACUAUCAACAAGGAUUAUACCGAGUGGAAUGUUGCCAGCCAGCUCGAUGACCCUGAGAGUAUCAUGGCCUACUGGAAGCAGAUGCUCUCACUGCGGAAGGAGCACUCUGAUAUUUUCGUCUAUGGAUCAUACACUGCCCUUGAGGAAUCUGUGACGGGGAGAUGGUUCUAG